ACUCAUUCUUGGUUCACUCCCAAAAGCUCCAGAGCAACUUGUUUGGUGUGGAAUGGACAGUGUAUUGUUGUAUUGGGAUGAUAUGCUCUAGAGCAACUUGUUUGGCAUGUGGAAAUUGCCAGAUGGUGUUGUGCCAGCCAAGUGCAAGACUCACUGAAGGAUGUUCUUUUAGAAGCAAGGGAGACUGAUCUUGUUGCUUGCUUUUAUGGCUGGUUAAUCAGAAGCUGCUUUGGUGCUAUUACUUAAAAGGGGUAUUUUAGUCAAGUGCAUAGUUGGCAGAGAUUCAAUUUGUAUGUAUAGGAACAGCUCGUCUCCUUGUCUCAUCUGAUCAAACUAUAAGAACAGAAACCAGUGCUCAGAUUCUUAUUAUGAAGGAUAAUCAUUUAGUUCUUUCAUUUACAACGGUAUUACUUGUUCCCUCUUCUCACAUGGACUCCAUAAUUUUUGAAAUGAGGCGAAUCACUCAAGCUAAUAUUCACAAUCUUUCAAAACAAUACCUUCCAAAAGUGGCCAAACUUGAUGAUGAAAUGCUGAUGGUUAAAAAGUUGGCAGAAAAAUUGAAGACGAACCCUGAUAAGGGAAUCCAUGAAGAUGAGUCGAGCAUAUUAGAGAGAAAAACUGUGUUUGGGUCAAACACAUACCCAAGAAGAAAGGGAAACAACUUUUGGUCUUUAUCGCAUUUGGGACGUUUCCGCGAGGAGUUUUUGAGCACGUCCAAGUCAGCACAUCUCCAUGUUGGCGAUCCGUGCGUGACAUGCGCAUUACAUGAUAUAUUUAAAGCUUUAAACACAACUUCUACAGACUCCAAAUCUCAAGCUGUUGCCCCUACUGCUCUUAGAAUCGCUCUCGGCAACUUGUAUCCACAUAGUAGUUUUUUUCAAGAGGCACAAAUGAAUGAUGCUUCUGAAGUGUUGGGAGUGAUAUUUGAUUGUUUACACCGUGAAGGUUGUGAUCCCCAGGAUGGUGGUUGUGGGAAGCUUAACUACAUUCAUCAUAUUCUUUCUACUCCGCCUCAUAUUUUCACAACAAUACUUGGAUGGCAGAAUACUUGUGAAAUUGUUGAAGAUAUAAAUGUGACAUUGGCAGCCUUAUCUACAGAAAUUGAUUUAAGUGUUCUUUAUCGUGGACUUGACCCAAACAACAGGCGCACCCUUGUUUCAGUGGUAUGCUAUUAUGGGCAGCAUUAUCAUUGUUUUGCAUACAGCCAUGCUCGUCAACGAUGGGUCAUGUAUGAUGACAAAACUGUCAAGGUAAUUGGAAGAUGGGAGGAUGUGGUUUCAAUGUGUGAAAAAGGGCAUUUGCAACCUCAGGUAAUGUUGAUGGAAGAAAGGAAUAUGAAGCCACUUGAUACAAAUCUUGCAGCAUUAUCAGCAAGAUGCAGUAAAGACUUGGAGUUGAAUUUAGCUAAGUCAUUCUUGAGUGAGAUGGGCCAAUAUACAACUACUUAUCCAUAUAAUUAG